AUGGCGGACUCCCCUCAAACACCCGAAGCAUUGCUGGGCCGCAACGAUUCGAAGAACCCAUGUUCUACCUGCAAAGGAAUUACAAACUCUGGAAGACCGUGUCGUAGGGCUCUUGCUGGCGUGCCGAGAUCGAAUGACAAACGCAGCUCUUUGGCAUCAGCGCUGAGUGGCGUUGUAGCUGUCGUGGAGGAAGAUGGACGUGUUCAGGAAGCGGACUUCUACUGCUGGCAACAUAAAGAUCAAGCUCGAGAGGUUGUGCAACAGGAGAAUGGCAGAGCGAAGACGGCGAGAAGAAAGAGAAGCGCCGAGCUCUUCCCUUUGCAGGAGAGGAGCAGUAUCGAUACCUUGGUCGAGAGAUUAGGUAUCAACGGCAAAGUGCACAGAGGCAAGAAUAAUGGAAAAACCAACGAUGGAGUGAAGCCCCCGAGACAUACGGAAACGAUUGAUUUUAUGGACGUGGAUCAGAGACCUAGGCCAAGCAGUGGACGUCUCGAGAACGAUGAGAAUUGUAACCACCGACCAGAGAGGAGGAAUACUGGAGAAAGGCCAGGGAAGAAGAAACCUGGAUUCUGGGCUUCGCUUUGUUGCGCCACGAACGACGAUGACGACUACGUGGAAAUUAUCAGACAUCGCAAGCGGACUGAGCAACAACGGCCAUCACAGACCCACAAUAUCGGAACACCAUCUUCAGACCGCCCUCCCAGAGCCCAGCAUGAGAGCAGACCGCAGAGUACAUCUGUACCUCCUCGCAAACCAAUUUCGUCAGGAAAUCGUAUGUCAUCUCAACAACGAUCUUCCAGCAAUCAUCAAACCGGUCACUUGCUGUCCCUAAUCCCACAACACUGCUCUCCCCAAACAACAUCCACGUUGCUCGCAGAGCUCAUCAAACCCAUCAGCUCCGCGGACGAGGAGGGCUACAUCUACAUCUUCUGGCUCACUCCGCAAGCUCGAGAAGCGCCUGCGGAAUCUACUGCUCGCUCGCUCCUUUCGCCUCCAGAUCGAAGACCGGAGCAGUCGCGGCGGAUCAGCGAUGUUAUGACGGAGUUUUCCUACAACGGUACUGACGACGAGCCCACCCGCAGUCUUGACGGCAACAGCAAGAAAGGCAAGAAGACCAUCAUGCUCAAAAUCGGCCGCGCGAACAACGUCACUCGCCGCAUGAACGAAUGGCAACGUCAAUGCGGCUACAAACUCAACCUCGUAAGAUGGUAUCCGUACGUCUCGUCCUCUGGCACCCCAUCCCCUCAACGGGAAAGUGGACCUUCUUCUCCCCGCCGACAGAGCAACAUAGUUCAAAAAGUCCCCUGCGUGAAGAGAGUAGAAAGGCUCAUUCAUUUGGAACUUGCUGGGAAGAGGGUUUUGAGAGAUUGUGAGACCUGCGGCAAGGAGCAUCGGGAAUGGUUCCAGGUGGAAGCUAGUCAAGAAGGCAUUCGAGGCGUGGAUGAGUGUGUGAAAAGAUGGGUGGAAUGGGCGGAACGGCAGGUUGGGGCGUGA